AUGAGUGCCAGGUCAUCCACCUGGUCCGAGUCUGCAGCCUCAGAGCUCGACCCACUCUUCCUCUCACUCAAGGAACCAGCCGGAACACCCAGGAGGACUCGCUCCCGUCCCUCACUCAAUCCACUCCCCUCCCCUUCCACCUCCAGUGACUCGCCACUCCCCAUCCCCGCCACCGUCAACUUCCCACUCCCGCCGCGAAGGCUGCGUCCAGGGGAACUCAUCGGCAUCCCCGAUCCCGCCCCCACCUCUUCAAUCUCACCAGCCGAUCGUCCCGAUCCCUUCCUCGCCCCGGUCUCUCUCUACGGCGUGGCCAUCGGCGGAAACAAUCCGAUCAAGACCAACCCAGCCGUCAACGGCCGGGCUGAAGUCAAGACCGCCGGACUCACCUCGCUCGAUCUUAGGAAGAUGAGCCUCCGGAACCGCUCCAGCGCUUCCAUCUCCCAUCCACCCUGUCCCCCACCAGAAACAAUCAGCCUCCGCGCCCGUAAUCCCAGCCGGAUGCUCGCCCCUCAUACCCCCUCCUUGCACUCCCCUCCUCGCUCUUACUCCCAUAAUACUCAACAACAACACCCUCCUCGGUAUCAACAGGCCUUUAGUGCCUCGACCUCCAACCUUAUAACCACCCCCUCGGUCGAGAGGUCUGUCCGGUCCUCAUCCCGCCCGAGCCCCCAAUCAUCUCUCCCUCCCCGCAACCUCUCCUUGGUCGAAACGAGCUCGAAUCCGAUCCCUCGACUACCACCCACCCGGCUGGCCUAUCAGAGCCUCAGCUAUAAUCUUAGCACCACCCCCGAGCCCUUUGAUCACUCUCUCUCCUCAAUCAGACAGCCCCUCUCCGAAUCCCUAUCCUCUGAUCUCAACAACUUCAACCCCAAUCCUCAGCUUCGUCGUCAUCCUCUGCUUUCUGCCUCCCCCAUACCAUCACAGAAUGCCUCUGAUAGUCUAGCAAUUUAUUCUGGAAUGGCUCCAAUCACAGACAGAUCAAACGGUCGCAUCAAAUUCGCCCCCCUUCCAAACAAACCAGGCUUUGCGGGACCCUCUGUUAUCCCUUCCCUGAGCCUCUUCGAAUCACAGAAUACUCAGCCUAAACAGCAAAACUCGAGCAGAAAAGCUGCAUGGAUUCAACGCUGGCUCAUGCCUGCAACGAAGCCUGUCGUAUCCCAAACCCAAACCGGACAUCUCCUUGCCGGUGCCUGA